UAAACUGAGAAUGCACAGAUAUAAUACAUUCCAGAGAAGUUUCAGAUCCAAGUCCAGCUUUGUUCCAAAACAGAGAGAUCCUACAGGCAAAAGCCCCCAUAAAUUUGGUAUACUUCAACAGAGAUUCAAACAGUUUUCAGACCUAACUAGACAUAAUAGGUGCUUCUCAGCGAAAAAGCUUUGUAAGUCUACUAAAUACCAAAAGACCUUCAACUACCACAUUGAUUUUAUUCAACUUCAUGGAACAAAUCCUAGAGAUAAUAAGUCAUAUGAAUGUAAAGAGUGUGGAAAAGACUUCAGUAGGAAGGGAAACUUGAUUGAUCAUCAGAGAAUUCAUACUGGAGAGAAACCUUUUCAGUGUAAUGAAUGUGGGAGAGCCUUUAGCCGGAAAGGAAACCUUACUGCACAUUGGAGAAUUCAUACUGGAGAGAAACCCUUUCAGUGUCAUGAAUGUAGGAAAACCUUCAGCUGGAGUGGAAACCUUACUGCACAUAAGAGAAUUCACAGUAGAGAAAAACCCACUCAUAAUGAAAGUGGGAAACACUUCAACAAUAGAGAAAGCCUUGCUGAACAUCAGAAGAUUCACAUGGGCAAGAAACCCUUUGAAUGUAAUGCAUGUGGGAAAACUUUUAGUAUAAACUCAUGCCUAAAUCGACAUCAGAGAAUUCAUACUGGAGAAAAACCUUUAGAGUGUAAUGAUUGUGGGAUAACUUUUAGCCAGAAGGAAAACCAUACUGAACAUCAGAGAAUUCAUCUAGGAGCUAAACCCUUUAAAUGUAAAGAAUGUGGGAAGACCUAUAGUCACAGAACAUCCUUUUUUUAUCAUCAGAGAAUUCAUGCUGGAGAGAAGCCCUUUGAAUGUAAGGAAUGUGGGAAGGCAUUCAGCCAAAGGAAGUACCUCACUCAGCAUCAGAGAAUUCAUACUGGAGAGAAGCCCUUUGAAUGUAGUGAAUGUGGAAAAACUUUCAACCAGCAAGGGCACCUUACUGUACAUCAGCGUAUUCAUAAAGCAGAGAAACCCUUUAAAUGUGAUGAAUGUGGAAAAGCCUUUAGACAGAGAGGAAGCCUUACUGAACAUCAAAGGAUGCAUGCUGGAGAGAAACCAUUUGAAUGUAAUCAGUGUGGGAAAACCUUCAGCUAUAGGAGCAACCUUAUUGAACAUCAAAGGAUUCAUGCUGGAGAGAAGCCCUUUGAGUGUAACCUGUGUGGGAAAGCAUUUUGCUAUAGGACAAGCUUUACUGAACAUCAGAGACUUCAUAGUGGAGAGAAACCGUUUGAAUGCACUGAAUGUCAGAAAACUUUCAGUAAAAACUCACAUCUUACUCGACAUCAGAGAAUUCAUACUGGAGAGAAACCCUUUCAGUGUACUGAAUGUGGGAAAGCCUUUACCCAGAAGAAAAGCCUUACCCGACAUCAGAGAAUUCAUUUUGGGUAAUUACCCUGUGCGUGUGAGUGGGAAACUUUGUAGUUACCAGAGAAACUAUUAAACAUCAGAGAAUUCACACUGAAAUCAUAUGAAUUGUAAUGAUUUUGGGAAGACUUUCAACUAUAACUUUCCAUUUAUUUUUGCGAAGUUAAUGAUGGAGGAAAAACUCGUAAAAACAUGAUGUAAGAAAGCUUUCAGUACCACCUUCAUCCUUAUGAAUUCUCAAAAAAUUCAGGCUUCAGGAAAAUGAUAUGGAUGAAAGGAUGACAGGGAACCCGUGAUGUCUAUUUUAUUCCGUAUCAAGUAUCAGAGACUUCAUGCAACACAUUAACAUGGGAAAUGUGAAAUAUGCUUCAUUUACAUUUGUCAUUUGCUAAAUAUUAAAAAAUCAAGAUGGCAUACUUUGUCAUUAGCUCUAGUAUUCUUUAGUGCUUUGUGAGAGAAAAGUUGAUUAUUUUGUACUGUAUGCCCUCUUUCUGAUAUUACACAUUAACUACCAUCAGGUGAAAGUAGAAUUCUCAGUAGAAAAGUGCUUUUGUUACAGCUGAUAUGCUGGUAUAGUAUUUGAAAUAGAGUCUAAACUGCUAAAUUUAAAAAAA